AUGGACGCUCCAAUUUCCACAGUCGCGGAGACUAAAGAGCUCCGCGGGUUGAAUCUCAUCGCCGCCCAUUCGCAUAUCCGGGGCCUUGGUGUCGAUGCGGACUCUCUCCAGCCUAGACCAUCCUCACAGGGUCUUGUGGGCCAGGAAAAGGCACGAAAAGCCGCCGCUGUGAUUCUACAGAUGGUGAAAGAGGGGAAGAUUGCAGGUCGUGCCGUGUUGAUAGCAGGGCCCCCAAGCACAGGGAAAACCGCCAUCGCAAUGGGCAUGGCGCAGGCGCUUGGCUCCGACGUUCCUUUUACGAUGCUUGCUGCAUCGGAGAUCUUCUCAAUGGAGAUGUCCAAGACGGAAGCCCUUACACAGGCAUUCCGGAAGUCGAUCGGUGUUCGGAUUAAGGAGGAGAGUGAGAUUAUUGAAGGUGAAGUCGUCGAGAUUCAAAUCGAUCGAAGCGUUACAGGAGGUAACAAACAAGGAAAGCUCACGAUUAAAACUACCGACAUGGAGACGAUCUAUGACAUGGGGACCAAGAUGAUCGAUUCGAUGACCAAGGAACGGGUAAUGGCUGGAGAUGUUAUCUCGAUCGAUAAGUCUUCAGGUAAAAUUACCAAACUGGGUCGUUCUUACGCGCGUUCUCGUGAUUACGAUGCGAUGGGAGCCGAUACCAAAUUCGUGCAGUGCCCGGAGGGUGAACUGCAGGUCCGAAAAGAAAUUGUACACACCGUCAGCCUUCAUGAAAUCGACGUUAUCAACUCUCGGUCGCAGGGUUUCCUGGCCCUCUUUUCGGGUGAUACCGGUGAGGUCAGGAGCGAGGUCCGGGAUCAAAUUAACACGAAAGUGGCAGAAUGGAAGGAGGAGGGCAAGGCAGAAAUAAUCCCGGGCGUUCUGUUCAUUGAUGAGGUUCACAUGCUUGACAUUGAAUGUUUUUCAUAUAUCAACCGCGCACUGGAGGCAGAACUAGCACCGAUCGUCAUCGUGGCUAGCAACCGCGGUCAAGCACGAAUUCGUGGGACGACAUACACCUCUCCACACGGCCUACCCCUUGACUUCCUCGACCGCGUUGUCAUCGUGAGCACGCAACCAUAUUCUGCUGAUGAAAUUGGCCAGAUUCUGGCCAUUCGAGCGCAGGAAGAAGAGGUUGAUCUGUCACCGGACGCCCUGGCUCUCCUCACCAAGGUCGGACAGGAGUCCGGCCUUCGCUACGCCAGCAAUCUCAUCACAACCUCUUACCUUCUUAGCCAGAAACGGAAGGCUAAGGAAAUAAGUAUAGAUGACGUCCAGCGCAGCUAUCGGUUGUUCUACGAUCCAGUUCGAAGCUCCAAAUUCGUCAAAGCACACGAGGAUCGCUUCAUUGGCAACGAAGGUGCUGUAUCUUUUGCUGCGCCCGCUGCCAAUGGCGAUGCUAUGGAAAUAUCCUAG